GUGAACCUGCCCUAUGUGGUCACAUGAGUAUCCAAUGGAAACUGUCGCAAUGGGUUAUGGGAAAUUUCGCUUCUAUGGGACAUUGGUAGUGUGAAAAAAGGCAGGUAGCGGAUUAGCUUGUUCUAAAGAGUGAGGGUCAGAGCCCAGGGACUUGCUUGUCUGUUAGGAUGGGAGCGACACUGUCCGGCCCUGCAGCUACAGUGAGAGCAGAGGCCAUCAUGGUCCCCCAGCAGGGGCUGGCUCUGCCUCAGGGCUGCCCAAUGCACCAAGAACCUAAGCAGAGUGCCCCUGCUCAACAGUGUCCUAUGCACCAAGCAUCAGCCCCCACCGCAGUCCAUGCCACAGAGCAGCUCAACGCGCCCCCUGCUGGACCGGCGCAUCAGGACCGGGCCUACGAGUUUGUGGGGUGUCCGAUGAAGGCAGCCUCCGGAGCGUUCCAGGCUGACGUUGACCCAGCAAACAUGAUGCCCCCUCCCAACCAGGUCCCUGCUCCAGAUCAGCCCUUUCCCUUGUCCUUGAAAAGAGAGGAAUCAAUGAUUCCACGCACGGGGACAGAGAAGAACUGGGUGUACCCCUCAGAGCAGAUGUUCUGGAAUGCCAUGCUUCGGAAGGGAUGGCGCUGGAAGGAGGACGACCUGGCUCCGACUGACAUGACAAACAUCAUCAAGAUUCACAACCAGAACAACGAACAGGCCUGGCAGGAGAUCUUAAAGUGGGAGGCUCUCCAUGCAAAGGAAUGUCCAUGUGGGCCCUCUCUGGCACGAUUUGGAGGCAAAGCUAAAGAGCUCUCUCCUAGAGCCAGGAUUCGCCAUUUGAUGGGAUACGAGUUACCGUUUGACAGGCACGACUGGAUUGUUAACCGGUGCGGUCGGGAGGUGCGCUAUGUCAUCGAUUACUACGACGGGGGAGAGGUGGACAAGGACACCUACCAGUUCUCCAUCCUGGACGUCCGGCCAGCGUUCGACUCCCUUGGAGCCGUGUGGGACCGGGUGAGGGUGGCGUGGUGGCGGUGGAGCUCAUGAAUCUCCUCCACUAGUUUAACCCGUUCUGAGACACCAAAAAAAUGCUUUUCCGGUGGUAAUUCCUUUCUGUGAACUUGCUUGGUGCUAGUCCGCUGGCUUUUCAUCAAAAUGGUAAUGACUGCCUUGUUUGUGGUGGCUUGCUUUCACUUUUUUAUUCUGAGUGUUUCUGGUCAUGCGCUAUGUGAGUACAGUUUUCCCACCUUGCCGGUUUUGUUGCCAGAUUUGGAGAGUUUUUCCACGUCCUCACAGGAUGGCAGUAAAAUAUAGCAGUUUAUGAACUGAACCUGCAGCCCACAGUAGCCCUGCCAUUGUACUCUUGAGCAAAAGACAAUUAACAAAGUUCCCAUACUCCCUGAAAUACUCCCACACUCUGUACUCUAUACUUUUCUGUUGAGAGAUUUUUGAAUAUACUCUUAAAAAGGGUUAAUGUCCACACUUUAUGUAAAUUAUGUUCUCAGAAACUGUUCCUGGAUAGAAAUCCUAUUUCUGUUCAAAAUACAUGGGGAUCAGAUUGUUGAAACGGCUAAUGGUACAGAAUUCAUUCUCAGGUACAUUAGGGUCAUGUUAAUAUUGCGUUGUUGAUGGUGAGCAACUGCUGUAGUCAUGUCUUCAAUACAGUUCUUCUGGGUCCUUGAAUUAGGGAGUAUGGGACCUUGCAAAGACUUAAUGUCCUUGAAUUGUUGGAACUGAAUAAUUACUUCUUGAGUAAAUAUCAAACUGUAUAAAUGUUUAUUGUUUUGUAAAAAAUGUUAGCUGGGAAAAAGGCCAUGCUAAAGAUGUCUGCUGAGCAGAUACUAAUGCUAAGCAGAUAUGCUAAGCAGUGAAAUAGUGGUAUUUACAUAUAAAUUCUGCUUCACACAAAAUUUAACCUCACCAAAAAUGUUUUGAAAGGCAUUCCUUUAACUUUUUGCUCCGAGGAGUUGGCAAAACUGGAUAACAUAAGAUGCCUCUUAGCCAACCUUGGAACAGCAUGGUGGGAGGAUGUGUGGGUGAGGAGAUUUUUUUCCUUUGGACCUUCUCUACAGUUGUAGUAGUUAUGGUGUUAUGAUGGCACUGUGUGCUGCAUCAAAGUGUAAAUGCAUGCAAUGCAAUGUUUCCAUUUUUCCAAGUGGAUGGUUGAGAUGAUCAGUGCAGCUCAAUUUAAUUUAUUUAUUUUGGAUAGUCAGCCAAAUGCAGUACAUUAAAUGAUCAACACUUGGGAUUUGUGUAUUUUUAAAGCAAUACACUUAUAACCCAUGUUGUAAAUCAGUAUAGACACAUUUACGAUGGCUCUUUUUACUAAUAAAAUUGGGCUUGUUGCAAACACCAGAGAAAUGUAACGGUUGUUUAGAUUUUACAUGUGAUGCUAAGCUACACUACACUACAAUUGAAUUACAAUAUCAUUUAACUGUUGUGUAAUGGUUAAGUGUAAUCCUGGCUGCAAGCAUGACAUACCUUGAUUGCUUUGAAUACUUUAAGAAAUUGAGAACAUUAACAUAAAGAUUACAUAAAUCUUCCACUGCAAAUUGUGAGGAUGUAAAGAGGGGCAACAUUGUCAGUGGUUUUCAUGUUAAAAAUGCAUGUUUUCAGAUUCUCAUCUGCAAGUCAAUUGCUCACUAGAAACUGUCAAUGCAAUAGUCAAAAGAAUGCAUCCAUACAUGCUUAUGACCUUUUUAUACGAACGAUACUUAUUUUGAAAUCUUCAGCAUUUUCUUAUGUUUUCAUCAGAAACACUUUGAUAUGUUGGCUUCCAUGGAUGUCUUUUAAUUUCCAUUUUAAUGCUGUGCUGAAAAUAAAUGCCACUUUAUCAGCAAUGAAA